GGAGAAAAGAGCCCAAGAAACCCCUAUCUGAAAGAUUAUUGUGGCCGGGGUUGAUAUUGCAACUGCAGUAUCACCACAGCCAUAACCGCCCCCAAUAUUACCUCAAGCCGAAAAAGCCAACCUCUGACAAGAUAAACGUGACAGCAAAGAUGGAUGUCGCGUUUGGGAAGCUUUCAGAGGCGACACAGGCGGUGGUCGGGUGGAUUUCACAGCAUAUUCUGACAUCCAUCGGGGUUGCGCUCCUUCUUACCAGUGUGAAAAACAUCCCUUUGAUGUGGCACACUCGCCUAAUCUCCGCCGUCUUAUACCACACCAAAGCAAAAAGCGCGGAUGUGGUCACGACGGAAAAAAAUGGGCCACUAGCGGUAUUUCAGCCCAUCGUGACUAGCUCACGCAGCGGUCUUUAUGAAUGCGACAUCAAUGGUCACAAGUCGGACAGCACCUACUUCUCGGACCUGGACAUCAAUCGCAUCCACCUCAUUUCCAAGCUGUUCAAAGGAGCCCUGAAUCCGGCUCUCCUUCCUGCUGACAAGAGGCGAAGAGCCAGGAAGAUGAGGGUCCUUCUAGGGGGCGCGGCCUGCAUGUGGCGUAAGGAGAUCAAGCCAUUCGUACCUUACGAGAUUCACACCCGUGUUUUGGCCUGGGAGGGGAAGUGGAUUUAUCUUAUCAGCCACUUUGUUCCCGUCCAAAGCUCCCGGAAACGGUCCAACAGGGCCUCCCGUGAUAAGGCCAACGGUGGGGAUGUUGACGCUCAGGUGUUCGCGUCAUCUGUGUCCAAAUACGUGUUCAAAGAUGGUCGCAAGACAGUCGAGGCCGCAGUGGCGCUUGAGUCGAUAGGACUUUUGCCUGCGGAAGAAGGUCAAGACAAUGGGGACAGGGCAAGGAUUGAGGAGGAGCGGCAAAAGGGGAUGGAGACGGCUCGCCACUUCAUUGCUCUUGAUGAGAUGCAUAACCAGUUUCACGAUACACUGUCAAAGCCAUCAUUUGGCGAGUUUGGCAUGUUUGGGAGAUUCGUCUUCCAUUGACCGCCCACUGGGGAAGGUCGACGGCCCUUAAAGAUGUAGGAGAGACUGAGAUACCGCUGAUACCAACUCUCCAGUUGGUAUGUGUCCAGAAUAAAACGUUUCUCCUGGCUAGGUGUUUCUCCUGCGCGUUCAAGUUGUACAUACCUGGGUAGAAAUUGCAUCCUCGUCAUCCCA